AUUUAAAUAAUUGUUUGAAAUAUGAGAUGUAAAAACUUCAGGAUUUUGAUAGAAAUAUUUAAGAUCAAUGGUUUUUUCUGAAUUUAAAAGCGAAUUCAGAAAUUAACUAAAAGAAAAUAAUGAACAAGCAACCGAAUACAUUUAAAAGAUUUUUAAAAAGUUUUUGUAGCGGAAAAGAGAAAAAUUCUACAAAAAAAUCUCAGGUAAAAUAUUACAUCCACGACCUGUCAAGCCCUGUAAAUGAAUCUUUAAAAAUUCUCGAUGGAAAAGAAAUAAGUAAUUCAAAUUCUAGAACUGAAAGUAUUACAAAUACUAAUUUUCACACCAAUGAAACCACAAAAAGAAAUUAUUUGAGUGAGGAAACUUCGAAGAGAGAUCAAAAGCAAGACAUUCCUGAAGGCAAUCAAGAAGAGAUGAAUGAUGAGUUUCACAUUCAGAGCUGUGAUGAUGAAAUUAUCAUUAAAGAUCCUACAAUUAAUCCUAGAUUAAAAAUAGUCAAAAAAAAUCCAAAAUUGUUGACACAGAAAUCAUCUGGAAAUCAAUAUUUGCCACAAAAAAAUAUACUUAAUUGUGAAGAAAUAUUGGAUAAGAACUCGUCAAAAAGAACAAUUACAACGGAUCAUGAAAAACAACUAUCAACAGCAAUUAAGCAAAAUGAAAUCUAUUUAGGAAAAGUAACUUCCGAAAAGAAUAGAAGAUCAAUGUCAAAAUCUUUAAGAAAUGAUGAUGCAUCUUAUCACAGUACAGAUAAUAUUAAUCAGUUAAAUUACAAUUGUGUCUUUCCUUUGAAGAGAAUAAGAAGUUCUAUCAACUUAAUCUCUUCUGAAUUAUCUAAUAUGAAUGACAAUAAGGAUCAUUCUUCCAAUGAUUGUGCCACACAUGGAUUACAGAAAUGUGUUGGUUACACUUCCGAAGGAGAAUCUGAAGUGGAAUUCAAUCAUCACCCUAAAAACAUGCGAAUGGGAAAGAAUUUAAGAGAUAAUGCAGUGAGAAAACAAAGAAGAAAUGGCAUAAAUGAAACGUGGGGUGAUUUGUCAUGCAAAUAUUUAGAAGAUACUGGACAUUAUUCAGAUGAUGUACACUCUGUUAGAAUGCCUUCAUCACUGUUACAUAGGAGUCAAAAAGAAGUCCAACAUGCCAUUCCAAUCGAAAUGGUCAAAGAACGAAUAGAAUUUUCAGAUUCAGAAAUUAAUUCAAACUUUGAUGCAGACAGUCAUACAGAAAAGAAUAUGAAAAUUAUUCUAAAUGACUCUCGAGGAGCUUACAAUCGUUUGUUAUCGGCAUUAGGAUCUAGUAAAAAUUCUUCAAACUCUCACAAUGAAUCAUUUACUUCUGAUUAUUACGGAGAAAAGCCAGAAAUUUCAAAGAAUUGUUUCCAAAAUUCUAGACAAAUAACAAAAAAGCGUGAUCAAAAUACAGUAAAUGCUAUAAGAAAACAACUAGGUUUAGAAGUGGAAAAUUCAAGAGAAAAUGAUAUUAAAAUGGAAAAAUUUACAUUAUUAGAUCUCAAUAAUAAAGUGAACGAAGUUACUAUCAACAUGGAUUGUAAAUUUGAAGACCAAAGAAAUCUGUCAACACCAAUUUUGAAGUUAACUGGAGGAGUGGAUAAUUUUAAGAUUGACAAGACCAUUGUUAGGGAUUAUACAGAUUCAAAAUUAUAUACAAAAAUGGAGUUAAUUUCUGUUUAUAACACUGAAGAAGAAGAAGAAACUUAUUCUCCAGUGAAGUCAUCAGAAGAGGAAGAAUCAAUUAAUCAAUUAAUUGAUUCAACUUUAAAUGAAUUGAUGCAAAAGCUUCUGAAAAUACAGUCAAAUAAUAGAAUAUUCAAAUGCAUAGAAAAUGUAGUGAAAGAAACUUUGAUUAGAAAAUAUAGCUCCAAUUUUGGUGACAAAACUGCAGUCAAAGAAGUUAUCCGAGAUCUUAUUAAAUGUGCAGAUGUAAAAGAAGUGGAAUAGCAAUUGAAUUAAAAUAAUUACAACAUAAAAUUAAUUUUUAUACAAUUUUACUUGAAAGCUGAUUUUGUAUUUUGCCCUUCAGCUUACUAAAAUAAACAAUUUUCUUUCUUAUUCUAACUUAAAUAUAUCUUAAUUUAUAUAAAAGUCUCAAUAUAGUUGUUGUAUAGUGUACAGAAAAUAUAUCUUCUAGUUGCUGUAGUAAUUGCAUGUUAAUGUGUAAAAUAUACAAAAUUCUUUUCUAGUUUAAAAUUUUUUUAUACAAAUAAUUAUAUUUAAUAAAAU